AAGGGUAAUCUUCUGCCACUAUUGUUUGAGUAUUGAAAGCUGGAGGAGAAUACUUGGGAUUUUUAUCCCCGACAGACCCGACGACCUAAUAAUCAAUCCCCUGGUAUGGAGAACCGUCCGACCGCUUACCAGCGCCCCUCCUCGGAUGCGUCUCUGAGAUGGGGAAUCCUUCGCCGCUCGCUUCUUCCUCGCUCUUCCUCCCGAACCGAUCAUGGAUUGCAAGAAAGUACUGAUAACAUAUCUAGAAAGGCAGUGAGUGGCUUUAAUCUGAUUUACUGGCGUGCACUAGAUGAUCAUUUUCCAGAAACCCUUGGCUAUCCAUUGAAGGGAAAAGAUGCAUUAAAACCAAGAGAUAUAUGCAUUUUGUAUAAGCUGCCUGUUGGAAAUAUUCCAGAGAUUUCUUUAAUCCAAAGAAGGGGAAAUUGUAUUGAACUAAAUGACUUUGAGGUCUCUACAAGGCAUGAUGUUGACACCACCGGACUAGUUUGUUGCUGGCCCUCUGAAGAUGUCCUUGCGUAUUUUUGUAUUAGCCAUUCAGACGUCUUCAGGUCCAAAAAGGUCCUUGAACUUGGAUCAGGUUAUGGCUUAGCUGGAUUUUCAAUAGCAGCAUGCACUGAUGCUUCUGAGGUAGUUAUUUCUGAUGGAAAUCCAGAAGUUGUUGACUACAUUCAGCAUAACAUAAGCAUAAAUGCUGGACAUUUUGGAGAAAGAAGAGUAAGCGCAAUGAUGCUGCACUGGAGUCAAGAACAUCCUUCGGAGAUACUAAAUACCUUCGAUGUCAUUGUGGCUAGUGACUGCACCUUCUUCAAGGAAUUCCAUGAGAGCCUUGCUUGGUCAGUCAUAUCCUUGUUGAAACAUUCUGAAGAAUCAGAAGCCAUAUUUCUCAGCCCGAAGAGAGGUGAUUCAUUGGAGAAGUUCCUCCAAAAGAUAAGAGAGAUUGGGUUGCAUUAUCAAUUAAUUGAGAAUUACGACGAAACAGUCUGGAAUCUUCAUCAAAAGUUUCUCAAAGGUAAGAACAACUCUUGGCCCAACUACGAUAAAGAUCACUUCUAUCCUCUUUUGGUGAGGAUCAAGUUCUUUCCAUUUUCCUAGUGAGACUCAGAUUUUAACAGCAAUCACAAUAAAAAUCUCUUUGUUCCUUGUACCUCCAUCAGUUAUAAUAAAAAGCUAGAGUUACCAAGAUGUUAAACUGCUUGACCUCACAAUAGAAAAUCUUUUUGUCGAUCGUCAAUCUGCGGAGAGCAAACAUUGCAGGAAUUUGGCUGAUGUAGUUGCUAACACAUUUGUUGUCCUAAUAUAUAUAUAUAUAUAUAUAUGAUAUAACUAGUUGGCCACAAACGGCUUGUUGUGAAUCCUUAUAUUCCCUUUAGAGAAGGUAUUCUCUUUUGUGCUCGAGCAUUUAUUUUUCUUACUAGGUGAAGGUGUAUAGAAUUAGACCUAAACUUUGGGUCAUUUGAAAGCGACCACCGUACUUCAA